AUGCAGAUGAGUUUGGAGAACCAGACUGUAGCUGCAGAUCUUCUGCUCCUGGAGGCCUUGAAGGUUUCUCCUCAGUCCUCCGUCGCUGCCUUCCUCCUCCUCCUGCUCAUCUACAUCUUCAUCUUGGUGUCCAACGUGGGCCUGGUGGUCCUGAUCUUCUGCAGCCGGAGCCUCCAGCAGCCCAUGUACCUCCUCCUCACCAACAUGUGCAUCAACGACGUCUUUGGAGCCACUGUCACGGUUCCUCACAUCCUCAGAGACCUGCUGUCGGUUAGCUCGCAGCGCUACAUCCGCUACGUCGACUGCGCUUUCCAGGCCUUCUGCGUCCACCUCCACGCCAGCGUGUCCCACACGGUGCUGAUGAUCAUGGCCUUCGACCGCUACGUGGCCGUCUGCAACCCGCUGAGAUACGCCGCCGUCAUGACCAACAGGACAGUGGUGAAGCUGUCGGCGGCGGCGUGGACGUCGGCCUUCGUUCUGGUGGCCAUCCUGGUGGGCCUCAGUGUCCGGCUGACACGCUGCAGGUGGGUCGUCUUCAACCCGUUCUGCGACAACGCUUCACUCUUCAAACUGUCCUGCCAGAGCGUCCUCAUCAACAACAUCUAUGGUCUGGGCUAUACCGUGGUUCUGCUGGGUUCCUCCAUCAGCAGCGUCACGCUCACCUACCUGAGGAUCGCUGUGGUCUGUCUGAGCAGGAAGAACCAGGCGUUGAACCGCCGGGCGCUGCAGACCUGCGCCUCCCACCUGACCGUCUACGUCAUCAUGAUGGUGUCGGCCUUCAUCAUCGUGGUUCUGCACCGGUUCCCCCAGCUGUCGGAGCACAGGAAGGUGGCGUCGGUUCUGGGUCACAUCACUCUACCGGUUCUCAACGCCGUGAUUUACGGACUGCAGAUCAAAGAGGUCAGACAGAAGAUCAAGGCUGCGUUCUACAGCAAUAAAAGAUGA